GAGUUUACAAACAAAUCUUUACCAAAUAAUUGCAAAAAAAUAUUUUAUAAGGAAACUUAUAAAGGGGCCGUUGUUCUUGGCCGCCAUUAUCCCGGAAAAUGUCAAGCAGAGAAAACCCUAGCGGAAUCUGCAAGGACAUUCCCAAUCUCAUCUCUUCCUUCGUCGACACUUUCGUUGAUUACUCCGUCUCCGGCAUCUUCUUGCCUCAAGAUCCUAGCCCACAGAAUGAGAUUCUGCAAACGAGGUUCGACAAACCGGAGCGACUCGUUGCAGUCGGCGAUCUCCAUGGCGAUCUCGACAAGUCUAGAGAAGCAUUCAAGAUCGCUGGUCUGAUUGAUUCGUCGGACCGAUGGACUGGUGGGUCGACGAUGGUUGUUCAGGUGGGAGACGUACUGGAUCGAGGAGGAGAGGAGUUAAAGAUACUUUAUUUCUUAGAGAAAUUGAAACGAGAGGCUGAGAGAGCUGGAGGUAAGGUUCUGACUAUGAAUGGCAACCAUGAGAUCAUGAAUAUAGAAGGUGACUUUAGAUAUGUGACCAAGAAGGGUUUAGAGGAAUUUCAGGUUUGGGCUGAUUGGUAUUGUUUAGGGAACAAGAUGAAGACUUUAUGCAGUGGUCUUGAUAAACCUAAGGAUCCUUAUGAAGGGAUUCCCAUGAGCUUCCCUCGUAUGAGAGCCGACUGUUUUGACGGAAUUAGAGCUAGGGUUGCUGCAUUGAGACCUGAAGGUCCAAUUGCAAAGAGAUUCUUGACUAAGAAUCAAACAGUUGCUGUUGUUGGUGAUUCGGUGUUUGUUCAUGGGGGACUUUUAGCGGAGCACAUAGAGUAUGGCCUGGAGAGGAUAAACGAGGAGGUUAGGGGUUGGAUUAACGGGUUGAAAGGAGGACGAUAUGCGCCUGUGUAUUGUAGAGGAGGAAACUCUGUAGUUUGGUUGAGGAAAUUCUCGGAAGAGAUGGCUCACAAAUGUGAUUGUGCAGCUCUUGAGCAUGCUCUUUCCACUAUUCCUGGGGUUAAGAGGAUGAUCAUGGGACACACAAUCCAGGAUGCUGGUAUCAACGGAGUUUGUAAUGAUAAAGCCAUUAGGAUUGAUGUGGGCAUGUCCAAGGGAUGUGCUGACGGACUGCCUGAGGUUUUGGAAAUCCGCAGGGACUCUGGUGUGCGGAUAUUGACAUCGAAUCCAUUGUAUAAGGAGAAUCCGUAUUCUCAUUUAGCUCCUGAUAGUAAAACGGGUCUCGGGUUGCUGGUACCAGUUCCUAAGCAAGUGGAAGUCAAAGCUUGAAGACCUUUUAGUGAACACUAGUCUGAUACUCUUAUGUUUAGAUGAUUGAUGCCUUUUGCAAGUCUAGCAUUGGCGGAUUCUUUGUAUGAACAUCCAUAAACAUCUUCUUGAAGCAUAAAUUGUAGUUUCAGUU